AAAAACAUUCGCAACUUGCUCGCGAAUUUUUGAAUUUUUCGGUUAUAUGAUCAAAACAAAUUUAACAAAACCAUCAAAACAAAAUGGAAUCAUCAACAUAUCCAUCGAAUUCGGCCAUAUCUGCAAGAAGAAAAGUUUUAUUUGCAGCGAUAUCUGCUACUUGUCAAGAAAUUGGUUUUCAUUCAGCAGAUAAUUAUGUUCUUGAUGUUUUGAUGCAAAUGUUUCAGGCAUUUUUAAGCGAAUUAAGUUAUUCGGCAAAAUGUUUUACCGAACAUUCAGGUCGAAGUGAACCUUUAGCCGGUGAUGUUUAUAUGGCUUUAAUUGAGAUGGGUUUUAAUGUUCCUUCAUUAUGUCAAUAUGCACAACGAUCCAAUCGAAUAAUGAUACCGAAUCCAUCACAAAUGCCUAAACAACAACCACCAAAAAUCCUACAAACUGGUAAACGGCGACCACAUCCAAGCUAUAUUCCAGAUUAUUUACCACCAUUCCCUGAUUCACAUUCAUAUAUUGGUACACCGACAUAUAAACAACCUGUGACCGAUUAUGAAACAUUAAGAGAAAAAUCAUCGAUGCAAAAACGUGAUGUUGAACGAGCAUUGACACGGUUCAUGGCGCGAACAUCAACAUCAAAUUCUUAUUCAUUGUUUGCCGAUAAACAAUCACAUCUUUUUCCAUUGAUUGGAAUAAAAAUGAAUAAUAUACCAUAUAUAUCGGCAUUAUUGCCAAAAGAUCGUAUUUGGAAUGCUCAAGACAAUCAAUUUCAAUCGAUUUUAAAUGCCAAUAAAAAAUCAUCAUCAACUACUACACCGGUAACAUCUUCAUCGAAUAUAACGGGAGCGGCUGAUGAUGCUAUAAAAUUGAAUGAAUCAAUCGAUUCAAUCGAUGAUGAUCCAUUGAAUCCUAAUAAUAGCCAGAACAAUAAUAAUAGUGUUGAUGUGAUUGAAAAUCCAUUUCUUUUACCGCCUAAGAUCGUAAAUUUUCAAUGAUGACCGACAAUAACAACAACAAACAACGAAAAAAGAAAACUAAGAAAAAAGACAUACAAUUUUUUUUCCGGCCAUUAAAUUGAAUGCAUG